AUGCCGGCCGUCGAUGAGUCAACUUCCGAACGGAAGCAUACGAGCAGCUCUUACAGAGAUGAACUGGCUCAUUACAAAGCCCAGUAUGAGCUACUUGAGGCGGAGCUUGCGGACUUCCAGUCCUCCAGCCGGGAGCUGGAGACUGAGAUGGAGAAGGACAUUGAAGCUUCGGAGAAGCGGGAGCGGCAGCUGAAGGAAAAGCUCGAUACGAUGCGAUAUGAAGUCGACGAGUGGAAGAGCAAAUACAAGCAGUCGAAAACCGAAGGCAACUCUGUGCAGAACAACCUGCAGAAAGAGAUUACCACACUGCGGGAAGCGAACCGCACUUUGCAGCUCAAGCUUCGAGAUAUUGAAGACAUGGAGUCCAAAUACAACAUAGGCAUCGAGCGCCAGGUCUUGCUAGAGGAGGAGAUAAGAAGUGGGGAGCAGGAACGGGAGCAGCUGCGCAUUGACAACCAGCGUCUCCGGGAUGAGCUGUCGGAUCUGAAGAUUGAGACCGAGAUCAUCCAGGAGAAGCUUCGAAAUACCGAAGGGCAUGGGAUGCGCCGGCGCAAGCCGACUCCUCUGUACCAUCGCAGCCCCGCGACUCCACAGAGUUUGGAGAUCUUUGACCGUUCGCCUGGCACCGCUACAUCUUCCCCAGUAUUUGCCACGCCCCCCGCUAAAUCAUCCCUUGCGUCGUCUACCGCUACUCCACCUUCGCCCCCUAUCUCCGAGUCGUCUGUGAACAUGCGCAAGUCGAUCAACGCUCACUCAAACUCCACGCCUACAUUCCCUCGACAGAGAGCCGCUGGCGCGGAUCCGGUGAACUCUAGAACCCUUCACGCACGGACUCAACCGCGCACCACUCAUUCACGAACCCCAUCUCUCGCUUACAGCAAUGGCGCAUAUAGCACCGGCAAUGGCAACAGCAGCGGAAAUGGUCGGUCGACUCCCUCUAUGUCGAUCUCGUCUCGUAACAGUUUGACGAGAAUGAACACCUCGCGACCACCAGGGCUUCCCAAGUCUGGCUCACUGUUCCAGAUACGUGGCCUGAUUGGUAAGAUGCAGAAGCUCGAAGAGCGCGUUCAAUCAGCCAAAUCGCGACUUCCCGCCCCAUCCGACACCUCUUCUCGCGGAUCUCCUCGCUCAGGGUCUGUGAUCAGCGACACCCCCAUUGUGCCCUCGUCGAUCACUGUUCGCAGGGAUUCUCGAAAGCGGCUGAGUAAUAGUAGCCUUGGUUCCUCGGCGCGGGAUAGUGAAAGUACUCCAUCUUACCCCCCACAGGGUCGCCAGUCAUUUGGCCGGACAGGCGAGAGCCGCCCGAGCAGCCGAACUAGUUACUCUAGCCGCAGCUCCUUCAGCCAGAGUGUGCACUCGGGUGUCCCCGCAAAUGCCCGGCCGGAAAGCCGUUCGAGUCGUCCGGGGGCCAAAACGCCACUGGGUCACUACUCGACGAACCCUAUGACAGAGGGACGGCGACCUCGCUCAUCUCUCAGCAAUCAUGCCGGCCAACUUCCUAACAUUGCUGGCAUGUCACUCAUCGAUGAGGACCAAGACAUUACAACGCCAACAACCUCCCAAAUCUCCCAGGAAAUCCAACGCCCAUCUGUGACUACUACUCCCACGCCCAUAGUGAAGAAGCGAACCAUUAGUGGCAUCCCGGCUCCCCGGAGCUUUAAGACCAGCAUCGGACCUGGUACCAUGCCGCCGCCGCCGCCAAACAGGAAGACCCAAGUCAGCGACCUGGGAGAGACCUUUUAA